UGCCACCUAUCAGUGACAGUCAGUGCUACCUAUCAAUGCCAAUCAGUGAAACCUAUCAGUGCUGCCAAUCAGUGCCGCUUAUCAGUGCCAGUCAGUGCUGCCUAUCAGUGUGCAUCAGUGCCCCCUAUCAGUGCCAGUCAGUGCUGCCUAUCAGUGUGCAUCAGUGCCACCUAUCAGUGCCAGUCAGUGCCACCUAUCAGUGCCAUAUAUGAGUGCUGCCUUUCAGUGUCCAUCAGUGAUGCCUGUCAAUGCCCAUUAGUGCCACCUACCAGUGCCUCCUCAUCAGUGCCGCCUAUCAGUGCCAGUCAGUGCUGCCUAUCAGUUGCCCAUCACUGCAGCCUCAUUAG